AUGGCGCCCCAGAGCAAGAGCGGUAAAGGUCCGCAGAACAAGAUGGCCAAGGCCAUGGCUGCCAAGAGCAAGGCUCAGCAGCAGGCUAAGGUUAAGACCGAAAAAGCGACACCCAAAAGGAAAGCCAAGGCUGCCAAGACGGAGGUCGAACAGGAAGAGGGUGAGCCAACGGUGCCCAGCAGUUUGGGGUUUGCUCGGGGCAGCAUCUCUGCUGCUUUGACUGGGCUCCGCUAUCAGCUGAAGGCUAAGAAAACUUCGGACGACGACAAGGAAGAGUACGAGUCCGGGGACAUCACGACAAAGAGAAUGAUUCUGGCGAAAGUGCAGCAGUACGGGGUGAAGCACUGCCACGUUGCCCGCCAGGGCACUUCGACAUCCGAGUCCCUGGGAAGCCAGUGUGCCGGCAUGAAGAACUUGCAGUUGAAGGACAAGAGAUCCCUGGACAUCAUGUUGGGCAAGAGUUCGGGCAGCAGCAGUUCCAAGGAUCCGGCCGUGCAGCCGAGCGAGAGCUUUGCCAGGGCGAAAGAGCUUUUGAAGAAGAUCGUGGCUGAGAAGAAAAAACUGACCCAGUCCAACGAGGAGCUGAA